AUGAGCAAUGAUAAGUCGGUGGCUCAGAACCAUCGACAACAACAAUCAGCGCAUCCGCCGUCGACCAUGUCCAAUUUCAAUGACUUACAGCAACAACAUCAUCAACAACAACAAAAACAAUCAAAUUACGCUACGGCACGACAGUCACAGCAGACUCAACAACCACUCUCAACUUCUAGUAACGGACAAACCAGCAGCAGCAUAUACAAUCAGAGUACAAAUCGACCUCAAGCACCACCACAGAAACCUCCACUUCCAAUGUAUAAUCCAAAUGUAUCCCAAACACAACCGCCACCACCUAGUAAUCAUAAUACAUACACACCUCAACCACCAACAAGCAGUCAUCAUAGUUAUGCACCACAACCGCCUCAGGCGAGUAACCAUAAUGCUUACACAACACAAUCAAGUAUGGCAGCUCAACCACCACUGCCAAACACAAUGUACAAUCCUCCUCCACCUCAGCCACCACUUCCCAGUAAUCACAUGUACAAUCAAAAUAUGUAUCAGCAAAGCAUGAAUUCUCAACAACAACAAGCAUCUUCAUACCAAGCAAAUGGUGGUAAUAUGUAUGACACUCGACAGUACCAGCAGACUAAACCAAUGCAACAACAACCUCCUUUACCGCCAAACAGUCAUAUGCCUCCGCCUCCUCCUACGAAUCACAUGCCUCCUUUGCCUUCUAUGCCUCCUCCGCCGCCGCCACCUAACGGCGAACCUCCAAGGAUGGUCGCAGGUCACGCACAUCCGUCGCAGGCGCCGCAGGGUCCACCGGCUCCGCAAUAUUAUCCUCCUCCGUCACAGGCGGCGAUGAUGAUGAACCCAAAUAUGCCGCCGAUAAAUAGCAGCGGCGGCAAUCGGUACAAUAACGGUCCGCCGAUGAUGGGUGCUGCGCCACCUACGAUGGGAGGCGGACCUCCUCCUCCUCGGUUUCGACAGCCAUUCCAUGGGCCUCCAAGAGCUGGAGGACCACCACCACCUCAGCCGUAUUACAAUGGAGGCGGUGGCAAUUACGGUGGCGGGAUGAGGUUCAGGGGAAACCAUCCGCCACCACCGCCUAGACAUAACUUUGGUGGUUACUGA